GAGAAUCACUGCCGGAAGGGGACUUCUCUCUAGCCCUCCUGCUUUCCCUCCACCCUGCACCUCCACAACCUCACGACAGGACAUUUCAGUCUUUUCUGAAAACUUGGGUCAGGGAAAGCAUUUUGGGAAGCUGAGGUGGCGGGUAGGAGGGACAAGGCCACACCCUCUCGCACUCCACUCUGAGCUCGGGAAUAUAGUGAGAACAUUAAAAAUAUUUCAGCUCCUCACUCUGAGUGGAGGACACAAUCCGCCAGUGAAAGUGGGUAACUAACCAGCUGUGAAACACAAAAACAUAUUUACUGUCACACAUCCUUUUACAGCCAAACACCGUGUAUAUUUUAGUGCCCUCUCCCACCUCCUAUUUUUAUCCUUCAGGAGAGAGGCCUGAAUAUGGAGGUGGCCUUAGAUUGUCGGGUACAUAUUUUCCUACCCCCUUUUUCAUCUGCGCGGUUUUCAAAGUGCGUUAACAGAGCCUAUGCAACUCCUGGCGCAAUUGGCUGGCUGAGCCUGAGGAGUGAAGCACCUUCCUUGCUGGCUAAGGAGGGGGCCAGCUGAAGGCUCUUGCCGCGUCGGGUAAUGCUCAAAGGACCCUCAUCACUGGACGGCGUCGGGAGGAAGGAAGAGCGCUCUGAGGUAGGGCAAGAAAGGGUAUAAAGGGGGACGGGGGAGUCCACCACACAAGGACUCAGAAGAAGCCUCAAUAAAAGGCAAAGUGCAUCUUUGCCGGAUGGUGUAGGAAAGGAGAAAUCGGCAGAAGAAAAAGAACACCACCUAAAAGGGUAACCUCGAGCGUCUCUGCUUCUUGGAACACUCUUAACACAGGCUUCCAGCCCAGCCCACCCAGAGCCAGGUGAGCGGCCGCCACCUCUCCGGCAUCUGCAAGACCUGCUCCUUCAUGAACUUGCCAAGAGCGGAGCGCCUUCGCUCCACACCUCCGCGCAGCCUCCGGGGCUCCGAUAGGGAAGACGGCGCGAUCGAUAUCCUGGGAGAGGAGGAAGAUGAAGAAGAGGAGGAGGAAGAGGAAGACGAGGAACCCGAGGGAAGCCAGCGGCUCCUAGAGCCGCUGCACCAGCCGGAGCCGCAGAAGGCGCGGCGGGGCGCGGGCGCGGGUGCGCUUCCCGGAGAGCGCACCGAGAGCGGCGGCGGCGGCGGCGGCCCAAGCGACUCCUCCGAGUUUGGCCCCAAGUUUGGGGCACCGAUGGGGUCUGCGGCGGCCUCUGCGGGCGCCCCGCAGCCGGCGAAGCCCCCGUACUCAUACAUCGCGCUCAUCACCAUGGCCAUUCUGCAGAGCCCACACAAGCGCCUCACGCUCAGCGGCAUCUGCGCCUUCAUCAGUGGCCGCUUCCCUUACUACCGUCGCAAGUUCCCCGCCUGGCAAAACAGCAUCCGCCACAACCUCUCCCUCAACGACUGCUUCGUCAAAAUCCCCCGGGAGCCGGGACACCCUGGCAAGGGCAACUACUGGAGCCUGGACCCCGCCUCCCAGGACAUGUUCGACAACGGCAGCUUCCUUCGGCGCAGGAAGCGCUUCAAGCGCCACCACCCGCCUCCGGGAGCCCACCUGCACCACCCCUUCCCCCUGCCCGCUGCGCCCGCCGCCCUGCAUGCCCCCUACCCGGGCAUGCUGCUCGGGCCCCCGGCCCCGCCGCAGCCUGUCCCGGGGACCUAUCCCGCCUCCACUCCCGGGAGCCGCCCGUGCGCGCUGCUGCAUCCUCAUCCCCUCCGCUACCUGCUGCUCUCUGCCCCGGCCUACGCUGAGGCGCCCAGGAAAGCGCAAGGCGCGGACCUGGUGACCCCAGCGCCCUUCCGGCGCUGCAGCCCACGCUAGGCUCCCAGCCUUGGGAGGAGGGCAAGGGGCCGGCGUCGCGGCCGGCAGGCGGAUGCACCUCCUUCAGCAUCGAGAGUAUCCUGCAAGGGGUCCGGGAAGCUGGUACAGGCGCCGCUCAGAGUCUGCCCCCGACCCCGUGGGGUUACCGCCACCUGCUGCAGCGCCCGUCGUGCCUGUUGCAUCCUCAGGCCGCUGCCCCCUUGCUCCACGUCUCCGCCGCCGCCCAGCAGCAGCAGCAGCAGCAGCAGCAGCAGCAGCAGCAGCAGCAGGACUCUGCCAGCGGCUGCGCUCCCAGCAAGGGCGCUCUGCUGGGCCGGCACCUGUCCGCCACCGCGGCGCUCCUGGGGUGUCAGCCUGGAGUAGAGGGCUCUAGGCUGACGUCGCUGGUCGCCCUUUCGGGCGGAGAGGGGACCUCACCGGCCUUUUGAAUAGCACCCACACCUGCCCUGGACCCGACUCCUUGGGGCGGACAGGGAGCCAACCUGGAGGGCGGAGCCACCCGGGGUCACGCUUUCCUCGCCGCCUGCCCUGGCGCACUCCACCUUCCACAGCCGGGACCAAGAGUGUGUACCUGCAUCCUACAGCGGAGCAACCACUAAUUUCGGUUCGCAGCGAAAUACUUACAAAGGAAAAGUGGUUAUUGUUCCCUUAAGACAACCUGAACGUAAAUGUUCGAUGGCGUCAGCGUCGAACAUUUCUUUUCCAGCCUCCAGUCGUGACUUCCAAGGCUUUUCCGAUUUGCACAUUUCCAGAGGAACUAUGAACGUGAGUGGGGCAUUUUGUUCUGUUGUUAAAAGAAAAACCAAGAAAAUAAAUCGUCCAAUGCACAACGUUUCCCCCAUCUUCACUCCCUAGGAACUGCAAGUAUUAUUCCCAAAUCCAGCGCAGAAUCCUUGUGCCCUUUUUGUCUUCCUGAAAUCAAUGUGUAAUAUGAGUAGAAUUUUAAUUUCAGAGGAUUUAUUUCUGAUCUGUAUGUCUGAUGUGCCAUCUUCCGUGGAGAGGUGUUAAAAUUAAAGCUAACUAUAUGGACUAAAUA